CCGGCAGAGGGUAAAAGGUGUCCCCGCUCUUCUCCGAUUUGUAGGGGCCUCAGCUGUCACUGCGGGCGCCAGAGGAGUAGGCUCCGGAAGAGCCAGCCCAGAGGGGAAGAGGGAGGACCCGCCAGGAGCGAAGCCCUACAGGCCGGGAAGACAGAGGCUCACAGAGAAAGUGACUUGGGCGGUGCGCCCCGGCGGCGCUCCGGAGGCGACUGCAGACGCGGAAAGGACCCUUGACAAUUCUCGCCGGCCUCUCCCCAGGGGACAGACCCCGGCCGGCCCCUCGAGGGCCGCGGGCGAAGAGAUAAUCGACCGGGCUGUAGGAGAGGAGCAUCUGGCCCUAGAUUCCGGGGGAGGGGGUCCUGGCGAGGUGGUGUGAGGGUCGGCGCGGAUCCUGGAACUGAGGGGGGCGGGGGCUGCUGUGCUGCGCAGGAGUGGGCUGCGGGGGCUUGGUGCGCCCCUCUCACUCGCGCUGAGGUCGCCCAGCGCUCCGUGUCAGGCUCGAAGCUGUCCCCGCGCUCCAGCUGCCCGCCCGGCUGCCGGCUCCGAUCCGCGGCGCAGAUGGCUGUGCGCGGCAGCGGCACCUUGACGCCCUUCUCCAUCCAGGCGAUCCUCAACAAGAAAGAGGAGCGCGGCGGGCUGGCUGCGCCCGAGGGGCGCCCGGCACCAGGGGGCACAGAAGUGGCGGUGACCGCGGCGCCCGCCGUCUGCUGCUGGCGGAUCUUCGGGGAGACCGAGGCCGGUGCGCUGGGGGGCGCCGAGGACUCUCUCCUGGCGUCUCCCUCCCGAACCAGAACAGCUGUGGGGCAGAGCGCGGAGAGCCCCGGAGGUUGGGACUCGGACUCAGCCCUGAGCGAAGAGAACGAGGGCAGGAGGCGCUGCGCCGACGUCCCGGGAGCCAGUGGAGUCGGCCGCGCCAGGGUGACCCUGGGCCUGGACCAGCCCGGCUGCGAGCUGCACGCCGCCAAGGACCUGGAGGAGGAAGCCCCGGUCCGCAGCGACAGCGAGAUGUCAGCCAGUGUUUCAGGCGACCACAGCCCGAGAGGUGAGGACGACAGCGUUAGCCCUGGAGGUGCACGCGUGCCUGGGUUGUGCGCCGCCGCAGGCAGCGGGACUAGCGGCGGACAGGCGGGUGGCGUGGAGGAGGAGGAAGAGCCCGCAGCCCCUAAGCCGCGAAAGAAGCGCUCCCGAGCCGCCUUCUCUCAUGCCCAGGUCUUCGAGCUGGAGCGCCGCUUCAACCAUCAGCGCUACCUGUCCGGGCCGGAGCGCGCAGACCUGGCAGCUUCGCUGAAACUCACAGAGACGCAAGUGAAGAUCUGGUUUCAGAACCGUCGCUACAAGACCAAACGCCGGCAGAUGGCCGCCGACCUGCUCGCCUCUGCACCCGCCGCUAAGAAAGUGGCCGUAAAGGUGCUGGUGCGUGACGACCAAAGACAGUAUUUGCCCGGAGAGGUGCUGAGGCCACCUUCUCUUCUGCCACUGCAGCCAUCUUACUACUACCCUUACUACUGUCUCCCGGGCUGGGCGCUGUCCACAUGUGCGGCCGCUGCUGGUACCCAGUGAAACCUUUGGGGCGAGGCAGAGAAGGAUUCCCGCGCCCCCGUUGGCACCUCCGCGGACAGGUGUAGAGACGGUACUCUGUGCAGGCGAGUUCUGCUCAACUGGGGAUGGGGCAGGUGGAGAAUGAAAUCCUGCUGGGACUGACACACCUACCCAGGGUGACAGGGC